ACUCCUCCAUGGGAACGUAAAGGCAUCACUGCAGCCUUGUCUGGGAGGAUACAACCACACUGACUCAACUACCGCUUCCAGCGAUGCGAUGCCUCGAUCUACGCCUGGACCUUAUCCGCUGGCGACAAGCUUGUCGUGGGAAAAUUGCCCUCUUCGAUAAUUUUGGGUAGGGUCUUUAAAACGGGACUGAAAGGGUCUCUGUGAAACAAGGACCCCGGGCUUUAUGAUUAUCGAGGAACGAAGUACGAGGAAGCUGGAGAUAUGGCAUUCUCUCUCAGUCGUAACAAUCUGAACUAAGCUGGAACGACUCGACUCAGUCCACCAGUCCCAGCCAGCUGAGGGGGCCUCCCGUCCCUAUUACUCUCUCCAGCUAUGGCCGGCUUCAAGCGGGGCUAUGAUGGAAAAAUUGCAGGCUUGUACGAUUUGGAUAAAACCCUGGGCCGUGGUCACUUCGCUGUGGUCAAGCUCGCACGCCAUGUCUUUACUGGAGAGAAGGUGGCAGUCAAGGUGAUCGACAAGACUAAGCUUGAUACAGUGGCAACAGGACAUCUUUUUCAAGAAGUUCGUUGUAUGAAGCUUGUUCAGCACCCCAACAUUGUGCGUCUGUAUGAAGUCAUUGACACUCAGACUAAGCUUUACCUCAUUCUGGAACUUGGUGAUGGAGGUGAUAUGUUUGACUACAUCAUGAAGCAUGAAGAGGGCCUGAAUGAAGAGCUGGCUAAGAAGUAUUUCGCCCAGAUUGUUCAUGCGAUCUCUUACUGCCAUAGGUUGCAUGUGGUGCACAGAGACCUAAAGCCAGAGAAUGUUGUGUUCUUUGAGAAACAAGGGCUGGUGAAGCUCACAGACUUUGGAUUCAGCAACAAGUUUCAGCCUGGGAAGAAGUUGACUACAAGCUGUGGGUCGCUGGCAUAUUCUGCUCCAGAAAUACUGCUGGGGGACGAGUAUGAUGCACCUGCUGUAGAUAUCUGGAGUCUUGGUGUGAUCCUCUUCAUGCUGGUAUGUGGCCAACCACCAUUCCAGGAAGCUAACGACAGCGAGACUCUCACCAUGAUCAUGGACUGCAAAUAUACCGUACCUGCCCAUGUCUCCAAUGUCUGCAGAGAUCUGAUAGACAGAAUGCUUCAGAGGGACCCCAAAAAGAGAGCAUCUCUAGAGCAGAUUGAGAGUCAUGCCUGGCUGCAAGGAGUGGACCCAUCUCCAGCCACUAAGUACAACACUCCCCUGGUCUCCCACAAAAACCUGUCUGAAGAAGAACACAACAGCAUCAUCCAGCGCAUGGUUCUUGGAGAUAUUGCCGACCGAGAGGCCAUUGUGGAAGCCCUGGAGACCAACAAGUACAACCAUAUUACAGCCACCUACUACCUGCUUGCUGAGAGAAUCCUGAGGGAGAAGCAGGAGAAAGAGGUCCAGACCCGCUCCUCCAGCCCAAGUAACAUCAAGGCCCACUUUAGGCAGUCAUGGCCCACCAGGGUGGAUAUGCACCAGGACAUCGAAGAUAGUUUGGCAGCGUCUUCGAUCUCUCAUGCUGGAGGCCCCCAGUCUCCUGCUCGCAGUGCUGAAAACCUGCUCAACGGUCACAGGCCUAAAGGUCUGAUGGAGUUGAACCUCAGAGAGGAGAGUACCGUGACCGACUCAGCGAUGCUGCCUGCACAGGGCCCAAGUGCCGCUGCCUCCAGGUCCACUCCUGGUCUUACCUCGGGGUCCCUCAGGGCCCCCACAACGUCCACCUCAGUAGCAGCAAAACAGAGGACUUGCUUAUUCAGGGUGGAGGAGGAUGAUGAGGAGGAGGAAGAGCAAGAUCCAACUCCGCUUCAGACCCAGGUGAUCCUGCGUCGCAAGACUCCAUCCAUCACCAACCGACUCACCUCCAGGAAGAGUGCUCCAGUGCUGAAUCAGAUCUUUGAGGAGGAAGGGGAGUCGGACGACGACUUUGACACAGAAGAGGGUCUCCCCCCCAAACUGAGCCGGCUCAAGAUGAAUAUCGCUGGAAACACCAGUGUCAGUGCCGGGGCUUCGGCAUCACCGAGUUCAUCCCAGAAACGUUACCACCGCCGCAAGAGCCAGGGCCGAGGCUCGUCCUGCUCCAGCUCCGAGACCAGUGAUGACGAUUCGGAGAACCACCGACGUCGCCUGGACAAGGACUCCGGCUUCAGCUACAGCUGGAACAGAAGAGACAGCAGCGAAGGACCACCAGGCAGCUCGGGGGGCAAUGGUGGCGGCAGCAGCUCAGGAAAUGGGAAACCAUCGGGUGACGGAGGAGGAAGUUCAGGUCCAGACCGGGGGAGUCCUCCUGGCGGGGGAGAAAAUGGGGGCAGUGGAAGUGGAGGAGGUGGAGGGCGAAGUGCAGGACAGGACAGUCCCUCCAGCUGCUGCAACAACAGCCGCACAAACCCCUCCCUCAGUACAGAGCUGCUCCACAGUCUCAAGCUCAUGAGCCUGUGUCUUAGCUCGCAGAUGCAACAUCACCGAGGCCGGUCUGGGCGAGGCGGCGGGUCCAAGUUUAUCUUCGACCCUCAGAACCUCUCAGCAGCUAGCGUGAAGGUUCAGGAGAAGUCCACCUGGAGGAUGUGCGUCUCCUCUUCCGUGAGCUUGGACGGCAUCAUCCUCCCCACUGCCUCCCUGCCUCGCUCUCACACUGCGCAGCAGCAGCGCAGGAUGGACUCUCACAGCAGCCUGAGCGCUCUGAAGAACGGCGUGCUUCAACUACCUCUGUGUGACAAGACCAUUUCCCUCAACAUCCAGCACGGUGGGGGAUCCAGAGAUGGUCUUCUCUGUACCUCAGCUGCUGCCAGCUGCUGCCAGGUCAUCUGAAACUACACACACUAUCCACUCCAUGUUUUAUGUCUAAAGUGCUUUAUUGUUUUUAACAUCUUUUACCCUGCAGACAAAGGUAUUUUUGUAGACGUUUUGUUCCCAUCUUUAAGAUCCAACAGAACCGCAACCCUCUUCUUUCCUUAAAUGUCACAACCAGAUGAUUCACCUUUCUUUACAGAUUUUAAAGUCUGAAAUGGUUACUAUAGUUACUCAAGAUCUUUGCCAUGAUUUUUUUUUUAAUGUGUGUCCACUUUUUAAGUCCCUCUUUAUUGACUGAAUCCACAUGAAGGAGUAUUUGCAGCCAUGUGGUCAAAAUUUGUGGCUUUUUCUUGCAGUGGAAGAGUCCGUGACAGUGGAGUAGAACUGCAGAGACAGUGGCUAGCACUAGCUUAAUAGAUCAUCUAGACAUGUGUAAAAAGCUUUGUAGACGCCUGAAAUAAAAGCAGACUGGAUCACCAGCUGUUGAAACAUUACAUCCUCUGAGGCAGAUGCUUGAUGUCUGGGAGAAGCUCGGAGUAGAACCAAGUCAUUUAUUGAGGGGGACCUGUGUAAUUACCCUCACCCACUAGAAAAUAGUAAACGCUCUUCACAUUCAGUAAAACUCCCAGAUUGUGUCUUGACACACGCUGAAAGAAAACAUUAAAAAACCAACUUCAAAUUAAACAUUAAACAAAAAAACAAUGACCAAUGCUCCUGAAAGCAUGGUUGAACUUAUCACCACCUAAAUUAACAAAUAAAUAAAUCUCAAGUACUAAAUACUACAGUGAAUCAGAGAGUAGUUCUCUGAUCCUGCAGGUGAAGACACAGAGACACGGUGCAAUAUUCUCGCUGACCACACCAUGUCUGGAUGUGACGUAUUCACAUUUAUCCUCGGAGUAGGUGUUACAAGCUUCAGGUGUAAAUAUGCUGUAAAAUAGUUUGAGGCUUCAUAAGAAAUACACUUCUCUUAAAAUAACUUUGAAGAAGAGAACAGCUGACAAAGAAAAAAAAUACUUAUUUGUAUGUGUGUCUUCUCUUGCAAGGAAAGUGUUCCCAACAAACCUCAGCUGGGUCUCUGCUGCUGAAGACGCGUCAGAGUGGACACUCCUGUUCAAACUGACAUGCGCACGCGCCCCGACGAUAGGCACACACACACACACACACACACGUAUAGACAAAUUGAAGCAUAUAUAUGCACUUCUCCAAUAAUCACACACAGAGGGGAGACAUCUGUCCUGAGCUACUGCAACCCUCAGCUAAAAGCCCUUUAAUCACAAACACACACUCUGCUGGUGAGUGUGUCUGUGUGCGUCGUCGUAUCUGCUGAUGAGCAACUACAUUUACACCCAGAAAUCUAAAGUGACGUCUGCGUUGACAUGUGUUUAAUAUGUAAAUAUGAGCUGUUCAAAGGUAUAGUUUAUUUUUCAAAAAAAAAUGGGAUAACUUGUAAAUUUACUUUUUUAAGCUUGAAGUGAGCAGGAAAGGAGCUGAGAGAGUAAAGGGCAUUGGCAAUAAGCUAAAGGUUGUUUUGCAGCUAACUGUACAGUUUGGUUUGUAUGAGUUGAUAUUUUUGUUAUCCGGACUGGAGCAGCAUUGUUCUGUUCACAAGCGUGUAAAUCUGGUGCUGCUGCUUCUUGUACAGUUCUGUUGCUGAUGAUACGUAGUUUACGCGCGUGCGACGAGACGUGCUGGUGUUGCUGUGCUCGUCGCCCUCUCAUAUAUCCAGGCCAGUGAUGUGCAUGUGUAUCGCCGUCCCUACCCUGAGGGCAAGACGAUACUGGACCAAAACAGCAGAAGAAGAAGAAGAAACCUUGAUGUGAUUGUUCCUUAUUACUUCCUGUUGUCCAAUGUUACAUAUACGAACAAUAAACUGUCUCAGAAAUGUG